ACCGAGAACCCUAGCCCCCCAUCAAGUUAUCGUUUUCCAGUCGGCAAAUCGCCGCUCCAAACCAUGGGCCGCGUCCGCACCAAGACGGUGAAGAAAUCGUCUCGCCAAGUGAUCGAGAGGUACUACUCUCGGAUGACCCUCGAUUUCCACACCAACAAGAAGAUCAUUGAAGAAGUUGCCAUCAUCCCAUCGAAGCGGCUCCGCAACAAGAUCGCCGGGUUCUCUACCCACCUGAUGAAGCGGAUCCAGAAGGGUCCGGUUCGUGGAAUCUCUUUGAAGCUGCAGGAGGAAGAGCGCGAGCGUCGCAUGGAUUUUGUCCCCGAUGAAUCGGCCAUCAAGGUUGAUCAAAUCGAAGUUGAUAAAGAAACUCUGGACAUGCUUUCGGUUCUUGGGAUGGGUGAUAUCCCCGGGCUUGUUAAGGUCGACCCGGUUGCUGUUGCGGCUCCCCAAAUCGGGUUCGGUCGUGGUGGUGGACCCGGAAGGAGGUUUUAAGUGGUGGGUAUCCAUGAUGUUAACCACCAUAGCUGUUUCGAUCAUAAUUGGCACUGGAACUUGUUAAGGUAUUUGAAAUAGGUAAUUCUCAUGCUCACCCUUUUCUUUGAA